ACUAAUCUCUAUACUACUGCACAAGCAUGCGCGCCACCAACGCGAGAUAAAGUGGGUGGAUAUAGCGGUCGAACCUAAAAAUUAGCGAAGACACUUGUGUUUUAAGUGUCACCUGUCACCUGUCAAACUUUCAAUAAUAAUGAUUCGGUUUAUCCUAAUCCAGAACAGGGCAGGUAAGACUCGGCUGGCAAAAUGGUACAUGAACUUCGAUGACGAUGAAAAACAGAAACUCAUCGAAGAAGUACAUGCUGUAGUCACCGUUAGGGACGCCAAGCACACCAACUUUGUCGAGUUUCGAAACUUCAAAAUAGUCUACAGACGUUACGCUGGAUUGUACUUCUGUAUAUGUGUGGAUGUAAAUGACAAUAAUCUUUGUUAUUUGGAAGCAAUUCAUAAUUUCGUGGAAGUGUUGAACGAAUAUUUCCACAACGUAUGUGAACUGGAUCUGGUAUUCAACUUCUACAAGGUGUACACCGUAGUAGAUGAAAUGUUUCUUGCUGGUGAAAUCAGAGAAACCAGUCAGACAAAAGUUCUCAAACAACUCCUUAUGUUAAACUCUCUCGAAUAAUGAUAACGAUAAUAAUAUUCCUAUUCCAUUAGAAAUGUUCUGUAUUUAAGAUCUCUCUAAAUAAAAUCUCAUACCCCAUU